AUGAUAAUCAAGAUUGACUUCGAGAAAGCAUUCGAUCGAGUCAGAUGGGAGUUCUUAUUCGACAUCUUUGAGGCACUCAACUUUGGGGCGAGGUGGAUUAAAUGGAUACGAAAUAUUUUUACGUCCACUAGAAUCUCAAUCUUGGUGAAUGGCUCUCCAACUCUAGAAUUCACUCCUUCACGGGGGUUAAGACAAGGAGACCCUCUUUCGCCUUUACUUUUCAUCUUAGUUGGUGAAGUCUUGUCUUCUAUGUUACAAUUAGGGGUGGAAAAGCGGAUUUUCAGAGGCAUCAAGCUGAAAGGUGGCAUGGAGGAUUUUUCCCAUCUACAAUAUGCAGAUGAUGUUAUACUUUUUAUUCAAGAUGAGGACACCUCGGUGCUAGGGAUCAAACGUUCACUACAAUGUUUCCAAGUUUUAUCAGGGAUGAAAGUGAAUUUUGAUAAAAGCAAGGUUUAUGGCUUCCAUGCAUCCACAUCUCAAUUAAAUAAGUGGUCCAAUAUUCUCGGAUGCAUGCAAGGUUCGCUCCCUUUCUCGUAUCUAGGAGCUUCCAUAGGGUCUUCUCCCACAGCCAUUAAGUUCUGGGACCCACUGAUUAGUCGUGUAAGAAAGAAACUUGCUGCAAUAGAUGCCUCACAUGUCUCUAUGGCAGGUCGAGUAGUCCUUCUUAAAUCAGUAAUAGAUAGUACCCCCAUAUACUGGCUCAGCCUAUACAAGUUACCGUCUUCGGUUCUAAACUCUAUUGAGCGGUUAAGACGCCAGUUUUUAUGGGAUGAUGCCCCUCCGAACAAAAGGAAGAUACACCUAAUAGGAUGGAAUCGCAUCUGCAUGCAGAAGUCAGCUGGUGGACUGGGUAUUUCUUCGCUUCAGAACAGGAACAAUGUUCUACUUUCAAAAUGGUGGUGGAGGGCAUAUGGAGAAAGAGAGUCGUUCUGGAAUAAAGUGUUCGUAGAACUUUAUGGAAAUUCAUGGAAUUAUGAUUUACAAUCCAUCAACCUAUCUUCCAGUUCGCCUAUAGUGCGUAGUGUGCUCUCCAUAAAGAAUGAUGCUUUCUGCUCUCUGGUCACGAACAGAAACAACUUCAAAUGGAAAUGUGGGAACGGGUCAAAGGUGUUAUUCUGGGAGGACUGGUGGAUCGGAGAUAGCCCGCUAAUGUUGAGCUUUCAUAACCUAUUCCAGCGUUCUAGACUAAAACAUACUGUCGUUAGGGUUUGCUUGGAGUGCCUUAACUCUACUGGCAACAGCGAUAUGUUAUGGCUGGCUCCUCUAUCAGAUGAAGACCAAAGCAGCUUUGACACGCUGCGUCUGCUGUUGGAAUGUUUUCAACCGUCUGCAUGUGAAGAUAGACUAGUAUGGCUACCUUCUGGCAAUAUUUUUUCUACUUCGAAAGCCAACCAGCUGUUUCCUGAUGUUACACAGGGUCCUCGCCAUGGUACUCACAAGUGGAUGGUCAUCUGGAGUCUGAAAGUUCCCCCAAAAAUAGCAAUUUUCCUAUGGAAAAUUGGAUGGGAAAUUCUGCCCACAAACAAUUUUCUCCACUGCCGUAUGAGUGAGCUAUCUCCUUUGUGUAAAUGGUGUGAAGUGAGUACUGAAACAAUGUGUCAUUUACUCUGGGAGUGUGAACUAGCUGUGGGUGCUUGGGAAUGGGUUCGGAAUUGGUGGAGUAUAAAAAGAGAAGUUUUAUCAAAAUUUGGCUUUAAUGUGCACUACCUACUCAAGCUUUACAAACCAAGGUUUAUUCGACAAAUUUGGCAGUUGGUCGUAGUUGCUACUUUGUGGUCUAUCUGGUUGGGACGGAAUGACUUCGUGUUUAACCACAAAAAGAUGGAUAUCAAAACUAUUCAAGAUCUUAUCUUCUUUAGGGUGGCAAAAUGGGGUAAAGCGCUAAAUCUAAUCCCUUUUGAUAAGCUCCCUCUAUGGAAAGUUAAUCCGGUCGGAGCAAUACAUGUUCAUCACUAUUUGGAAACAUCCAAAUUCUGGGCAUCCCGACGUGAAAAUUUUGACUUCACGGCUGCGGUGGACGCUGCAUGGAAAUUAAGCAAAGGUGGCAUAGGAGGUUUAAUUUGGAAUAAGGGUGGAAGUGUAGUAUACACAUUUUCGGGGCCUUCAUUAAAUGCCACAUGCAUUCUGGAAGCGGAGGUUGAGGCAAUACUGCAUGUAAUGCAUUUCUUUAUGUACGCAAGCAGAAUGAGAGGUAAAGCGGUUAUAUGCUCAGAUUCUUCUCAAGCUGUUAACUCAAUUUAUGGAGGUUUGGAACAUUCUUUUCCUCUACUAUGGCCGAGCUUUGAUACGAGCUCACUGCUUAAGAGCUCAGUGCAAUUAAAUUAUAUUCCUUCCGUUAUUAAUGAGGAGGCGCAUGAUUUAGCAACGGCUGGAAUUUACAGAGAGUGCAUGUCCUCAUUUAGACUGUAG